AUUCGCGUUUUACUUCAAUUAGUUGAAACAACAACAACCAAAAAGGAAGUAAUUAUCCUUUAGCUUCGGAAGCAAUAACAAAGGGCAGAUAUGUUGACGACAUCUUUGGUGGAGCUGAUGAUCCUGACACUUUAGAAAUUGCAGUCUUCAAGCUCUUUAUCAUCAAUAUCAUUCGACGACUGCACUACCAAAAUACUCGGAUUAAAUUGGAAUCCUUCAACGGAUAACUUCAACUUCACGUCACAAUCGAGGAAUUCAGGAUCCAAAAUGACAAAACGGCUCAUAAUGUCUGAAGUAGCUCAGAUAUUCGAUCCACUGGGAUUCGUUUCUCCAACUACGGUGCGCACCAAAAUGCUAUUGCAGGAGCUCUGGUUGCACAAUGGCUAAACAUUAGAGAAGAUCUGCGAUAUCUAGACAAAGUAUCACUUCCAAGAUGGAUAUCCACAUACCGACAGUCAUUAUGUGAAUUGCACGGAUUCUCUGAUGCAUCUCAACUAGCCAUGGCUGCAGCAAUCUACAUAAGAAUACAAUCGCCGUCCACAGGGCCCACAAUCUCACUACUCUGCGCAAAAACUAAAGUAGCACCACUCAAGAAACUCACGAUCCCGAGGCUAGAAUUAAAUGCUGCGCUAAUUCUGGCCAAACUUCUACAUUAUGUUCGAGCUACACUUCAUGUGAACAUAGACUCUAUUCAUUUGUGGACGGACUCAUCAGUGGCACUUACGUGGAUCAAUUCUAACACAGCCAGAUGGAAAGACUUCGUAAGGAAUAGAGUUCUUCAAAUUCAAGAUCUGGUGCCUGACGCGAAAUGGCAUCAUAUUCCAAGUAAGGACAAUCCAGCUGACUGCGCAUCAAGAGGCAUCAACACUUCACAAUUAAUCAACAAUACUUUAUGGAGGACGGGACCCACCUGGCUCUCUAAGUCAACGAAACAUUGGCCAAAGCUACAACCUCUCCAUGAUCAGGCCUGCACCUUGGAAGCACAGCCUGGUCUAUCAUUCGUUGCAACGACUUCAACAAAACCACCUCAAUGGGAUCUCAUUAGCAGGUACUCUAGCAUAUUUAGACUCCUAAGAAUCACUGUUAUUAUCUUCAAAGCAACGUCAAGACUCAAAAGAGUACCAGAUCCCUGCACAUCAAUCACUCCUAAUGACUUAGAAAGAGCAAGAAAAUUCUGGGUAAAGUCAACCCAAGCAGCAUAUUUCGCUCAUGAGCUUAAGACACUGUCAGCAAAUCAAAAACUUCCACAUACUCAUGUAUUAAGCCGUCUAACCGCCUUCAUCGAUGAAGAAGCAAUCUUAAGAGUUGGAGGACGACUUCAUAGCUCUCAGCUGGAUCCUGAAAGCAAGCAUCCUGCAAUCUUGCCAAAAAA